AUGUCAUCCAACGAGGAGCCCGAAGCUCCACCUCCGACCGCCGAAUCGCAGCCCACGCCGCCACCAGCACCACCGCCCGCCGACGGGAAGAAGAGCGACAACCCGCAGCUCGACCUUCCGAAGCUCCAGUCCCUGCCGGCUGAGCAGCAGGAGCUGUUUCUCCUCACCUUUGUUACCGAUUUAACGAAAUAUGUCCGCAAACUCGAGGCCGACGACUGCACGGCGCAGCAGUUCUACCUCAAGAAGGAAAUCUUCCGCAUCAUCAACCUCGCUGCCCCUCAGCCGUCAAGGGUGAUCCGCAACAACCUGGGGCUAUGCCUCGCCCACGUCUUCACCCAUGGCGACCGCAAGCUUCUCUUCGAGACGAUCAAUGACCUGGCGGGCGUCAUUUCUGGCGCCAAGUCGAAAACCGAUACGGAGACCCGUGCAAAGCAUGCGGCCGUCGUCUGCCUAGGCGAUGUGUAUGCUGCCGCCGGAGAUAGCGCAAUUGGGCUACACCAGCUCUGCUGCACGGCGCUGGUUAAGCUCCUCAAAUCGUCUUCCAGUAAUGCGGGCCUUCGUGCUGCCAUCUUUACUGCUCUGGCCAAGAUUAUCGGCAUUGUCGAAGGUUCCAUGGAUGAGAGCAUUGCACGCGACAUUUGGAAGCAGGGCAGAAACUAUGCCUCCAGCGACAAGGGCUCUUUGGUUGUUGUUGCAGCUUCGCAGUGUCUUAAGACUCUUUUGAAGCACACUGUAUACUUUAGAAACUCAUCCGACUUCGACAAGCUCGAGACUGCCAUGUUCAAAGCUUUUGAUUCGUCCAUCGCUCAAGUUCGACACGCCGCUGCGAGUUGCCUCGCCGAGGCUUAUGCACAAGGCUACUCUGAAGCCGCGUCUGCCAAACCCGCCAAAAGCAAAAAGGUGAAUCCCAAGCUGAAGCGUCAAUCUACACUUCCAGGCAUUGCCGGCGACGACGAUGACAUUCCCUCUCGUACCGCUAGUCCUGCUCCGGGAGCGAAGCGCAAGGAAAAUCUUGCCCUCUCACUUGGCGACAUCCUCCGACAGCUAGCCUCUCAGUACGUGAAGCCUACGACAUCCAAUCGCGCACGAGCCGCCAUAGGCGUGUGCUUUGGCAAGCUGUUCCGCCGGCUUGGCGAAAACGUUAUCGAACCAAACUAUCUACUCAUCGUCGAUACGCUCACUACAGAUAUCCUGGGCAAUACGAGCGUUGCCAACAAUCGCUAUCGCCUCUUGAUUUCCCGCAGAAUCAUUGAUACCCUCCUCCACGACGUCAUUGGCAAUAAGAUUUUAGGAGAAUCGGGCCAGGUCAAGAUUGCAGAGGUCGUGAUCAACAACAUCCUAAAAAACUACCCCGCUGCUCUACCCGAACGUCCUGAGCCAUCCAAGCAGACCCUCAUCACAGCACUACGCGCCGUUGCAGCUUUGAUCCAGUCCUUGGGGUCUGCCACAAAUAAGUUUGCUGAGUCGUGCCGCGAUGGCCUACUGCAAGUUUUCCAGCACCCCAGUUACUCUGUUCAAGUGUUUGCGUCACAGUGCAUGAAGGUCUUUGCUGUAGCGUGUCCCCAACAACUGUUGCCAUGCCUGUCCGUCUGCAUGAAUAGCCUGAGCCGAGAGCUGUCCCUUCUCGCUGGCGGCAGAAAUUCGCAAAGGCGAUGCAUCGGCUUGGCGCAUGGGUUGGCCGCGACCCUCAGUUCUAGCCCGUUGCGACCGCUCCACGGUUCGCUGGACAUCAACAGUCGUGUUCUAACCAUGGCGACGAAUCUGCUAAAAUCCUCGGGCCAAACUGAGCUUCGAGUCUCGAGUACCCAGAUCCAAGUCGCCUGGAUCUUGAUCGGUGGUCUCAUGUCCCUCGGACCCAACUUUGUGAAAAUCCAUCUAUCACAGCUGCUUUUGCUAUGGAAGAACGCACUACCGAAGCCACUGGCCAAGGACAACACUACAUCAAGAAGUAUGCUUGAAGCCUCCUUCCUCACUCAUGUACGAGAAUGUGCCCUCGGAUCGAUAUUGGCGUUCCUCGAGUUCAACAAUCGCUUGUUGACUGUGGAUGUGUCUAAGCGUAUUGCUACUAUGCUGCAAAGUACAACAGCCUUUUUGAAAACGCUACCAAGCAAGAAGACCACGGAAGAUAUCUCGCAACGACUGACACCUGCAAUACAACUUCAAGAUCUGGAGAAAAUGGUUCAGCGCCGAGUCCUCCAAUGCUAUGUCAAGCUGGUCAACCAAAGUCCUGCAGGCGGCAGCGAAGCUCUUCUGCAGUCUAAUCUGCUUACUCUAGCCAUUUCUCUUUUUGCAGAUCCCGACAACUAUUCUGCCAAUUCACUAAGCGCUUCCAUCGCCAAUGCUGCAGCGACCUACGAAUCUAUCUGGGAUGUUGGCGACAAUGAUGGCUUUGGUAUUACUGGUCUUGUCCACGGAUUCAAUGUUCGUAGCUUGCCUGGUCAACACGAGUCCACCAUUCAGGAUGCACCCCGAUCCGACUCGCCUGAGGAAACCAUUGACCGCAUCCUGCUAUCACCCAUUUGCGGCAGCUUAGAACAUGAUGCUGCUACUCUCUACAUUGGCAGCCUGGAUCUGAAAGAAGCCAACCCUGACCCUCCAGCUACAGAAGUCAUCAACAUGGCCAUUCAGCUAUUUGCUUUCGCGUUUCCUCUCACACCCGGCAAAGUUCAAGAGAGCAUUUUGGAGCAGAUCCGAACUUUUGGAUCAUCUGGUUCUCUCCAGCGCGAUCUGGCGAGAAACGCCGCGAUCAGUGUCAAUGUGGCCACCGCAAUCUUGGCCACAAUGCGGGUUGCAACUAGAGAAACAAAGUCUCCGGCCGGCGAUGUCACCAACACUGCUGUGGAAAAGCUACUUCAAGACAUUGUGCGAGACUUUGUCAUUGACCAAGACCAGUACGUACGAAGCCUGGGAUACGCUGCUACAGCCAGACUCUGCAACGUUUAUGGAAAUGCAUUUACGAAUCACGAAAUCAAGUACUUGGUGGACACCAUUGUCGGUAACCGCGAGCCUAGUGCACGAGCGGGCUGUGCCAUGGCGCUUGGAUCCAUCCAAACCAAAGUUGGUGGUAUGGCCGCUGGGUAUCACCUCAAGACCAUUUUGGGUAUCCUGAUGUCUCUCUGCAACGACCCUCAUCCCAUCGUGCACUAUUGGGCCCUGGAGGCUCUAUCUCUUGCUUCCGAUGCCGCGGGCCUGAGCUUCUCCGGCUACGUUCCAAGCACCUUGGGAAUGCUCGCUCAAUUGUUUGUCUCUGAAACACAUCACCCAGAGAUUCCGUCUGCUAUUACGAUGACCCUCGAGAUGGAGCUUUCCACGCCGGCUGCAAUCGCACGAUGCAUUGAUUCCUUGAUCAAUGUGCUCGGUCCGGAUUUACAGGACUCGAAGAAAUCGCGAGAACUGAUUUUUACGCUCGUCGGCCAGUUCCAAGAAUCUGAUGACAAGCAAGUCGAGAAUGCUGCUCUGAUGUGCCUGGAACAUCUGUCUCUCUAUGCGCCCGGGGAAAUGCAUUACUCGGACUAUGUUCGGUUACUUCAGCGAUAUCUAUCGUCUGAGCACGGCGAGCUAAGAGAUGCCGCUGUUGAAGGAUUACACAAUAUGAUGAAACGAAACCCACGCGAUGUCCUACGAGAUGCUGAGACUGGGUUUGAAGAGAAACUCUGGCUGUUGCUUGACGCCGCGCCCGAGCAUGACGGCAUCAAGAAUAUUAUCAGGAACUGGCUCCAGCAGACGUGUCUCGUUGAAACAAAUGAAUGGCUGGACCACUUCCAGAGGGUUCUUCGUUUGACGCGCGUAAAAGAGAAGGCCGAAGUGACUGUGGUGAAGCCAUCGGGAGGUACAGUUGACCUGAACGAUGAGGAGGUUGCCGGUUUCGCCGCCGCCGCGACUGAAACAACAAAGGAUGGCAGGGAUGCGGGUUCCUCGACUGAUGCCGAGCCUCUGCGCUGGCAGGUCACUACUUUUGCAAUCUCUUGCAUCGGGGAUAUCUUCGCCAUGGUUACCAAGGACGUUGCCUCGAACGGUGAAUCGGCAGCUCAGACGGCACUCCAAAACAAGAUUGCAGAAGUCGUUCGCAUGGCAUUCUCUGCGUCGACGUCUGGCGUGCUAGAGCUACGCAUUUGGGGAUUAAAAAUCAUCGGUGCCGUCUUGAAAAUGUUUGGCAAAACGGCUGACCCUGAUUUUGAAGAAGCUAUGCUGCUUGAGCAAUACCAGGCACAAAUCAGCUCCGCGCUGACGCCAGCCUUUGCUGCCGACUCGUCUCCAGAGCUUGCUUCAGAGGCAGUCAAUGUCUGCGCCAGCUUUAUUUCCAUCGGCAUCGUUACGGAUGUCGAGCGCAUGGGCCGCAUUCUGAAGACUCUCGUCAAUGCCCUGGAGAACUUUUCGUCUGACGAUGAGAAUGCAGGUAUCGGUGAUCUGAAGGGCCUGUCGUCCAAUGCGCAGACCAUGGUCAAGAUUGCCGUGUUUUCCGCUUGGGCUGAGCUUCAAGUCGCAAGCAGCGAGCAAAAGUAUCUGCUGGACGUUUUAAAACCGCAUAUUGGCACGCUGACACCGCUUUGGCUGGAGUCUCUCCGCGAAUUUGCCCGGCUGCGAUUUGAGCCCGAUAUUUCUAUGACACUGGGACCCCCAUCACUUUCUGGAAGCCUGGAUUCGAUAUAUGCUGCGCUGAACCGGGAGACGCUACUCAAGUUCUACCAAGAUUCGUGGCUGAAGCUUGUUGAUGCCAUUGCCUCCCUGAUUGAGCAGGAUAGCGAGUUCGUUUUCGAUGCCCUCGACGGCAAGGAGUCAGGCGAAGUCACUACAAACGGACAUCGCAAGGCGGGCAUCAACUACCGCGACGAGCCGGUGGCAUUUUUCUUUGUCCUAUUCGGCUUGGCCUUUGAAUCGCUUGCCAUACGGCCAGGUCACUCUGAUUCGCUAGCCACUCGCGACCAGACGCUGGCCAUCCUCCAAGCCCUCAAGCGCAUUCUGCAUCCUAGCGUCUCUGGGCACGCCAUUUACCGCCCAGAUGUAUUUGCAGAGACCAUGGAUCUGCUUGACCGCCUCGUGUUGACGGAAGGCAUUGAUGUGCAAACAGUCAUUGUCGACAUUGCCCGUGCCAUGUGUGUCACGCACCCCUCUGCGAGCCGCCAAGGGUCCGAAGAGGGUGAUUUGUCUGAGGACAUUGACCAGCUCUUUGAGCUGACCAGAAUCAUUGUCCUAGUCUUGUCGGGCUUGUUGCCGAAUUUGGCCGAAGGCAAUCAGCCAGUGCGACAUCAAAUCAACGAGGAAACUCUCGUCCUUAUUCGCACAUCUCUGGAUGCUCUUGUUGACGCCGCCGAGGUAUUCCCGGCCAUUAUCAAGUCGGAUUUGCACGCAUGCAUCAUUCACAUAUUUGCCACGAUACUCGCCACACCGAGCUGUCAAGAGCUCAUAGUUCCGCAGUCGCUAGCAACCUUUAAGCGAUUUAUUGGCAGCAUGAGCGCGUCGCGCAAGAUUGCUUCCGACGGCUCCUCGAUAACUGAUGUGCAGUUGCAGGGCUGCCUGCGACGCUUCCUGUCCAUCUAUCUCAAUGCUCAAAAGCGCGAGGAGCCAACCUCGCUUCUCUGCGUCCGAAAUUGCUCGCUGGCGACGACCAUUCUCUUUACCGGCGGGAACAACCAUCUGCCCGCAUCAGAGCCGCUGGUUAUCCGAUACCUGGACGAGCUUCUGGACUGUCUCACCGACCGCAUGACUGCCAAAAUUGCCGCCAACUGCAUACGGUCUCUGCUUCUGCAAGGCUCGCCCUCGUCGUCCGACAUCACCAUUGCUCGGUAUCUCGUGCCCCGGCUCAUUGCCUUUGUCACCAACGUCGAGGUCGAAGAUCCCGAGCAGGCCCGCUCCCUCGUCACGCACAGCCUGUGCCUCUAUGUCGGCGCCGUCGACGGGGAGCGCACCGCCGCCGCCAUGUCCCUCGUCAUUCCCAUGCUCAUGUCGCGCGCGACGGCCGAGGGUGAGACGCGAUACCCGGAGACGAGCGCGCGGCUGCUCGAGGUGGCGGCCAUCAACCAGGGCAUAUUCCGCGGCAUCGUCGGCGCCAUGAGCACCGCCCAGAGAAGCCUUCUGGAGGAGGUGGCCCGCUCAGGCCGACAGGUCUCGAGCAACGCGAACCAGAUUGACACGGAUGCGUCGGGCCAGCCUACCAUUCAGCUCAAGAUGAACUUUGGCGGCGCGGCUUAA